AUGGCCAAGCGUAUACGUUCCCUAGCUUCCGUUCUGUGGGAUACGGAUCUUGAAGCAAGCGAUCAAGAAGGUUACCAGAUUCAGGAGGUGGAUGCAGUCCAAAAAACCAGGAGACUAGAGAAAGAGAAUGCUGAUCUCUUGGCAGAGGUGACCCAUUUACGACAAGAAAACACGUUGCUGAAGAUCCCGAAGCCAAGGCCCACAGAGCCUAGCCAGCUGUGCCGUACCCGACCGGAGCUUUUGCGAACCUGGCCACUGCAGAGAUGGGAGCUGAAGAAUCGUCGUGCCGGAAUGGAAGCAGCACCACCGGCUACAGAUGUGUCUACUGAAACCCCAGACAAGGUUCUCAAGAAGAUGCGUGCAGAGAAGCCAACAGAAAUUGAACCACCAAAGCCCCGUCGCUUGUAUGAGUCCCCGUACUACAGUCCCUCUCCUGCCAAACCCGGACAGUUGGAGGGCCUCCAAGCUCCAGCAUAUCCCGGACACCUUGGCGAAACAGGAGAGUCACCGGAUGAGGUCUGUGCGCUCAAGGCCAUGAACAUGCAACUUGAAGCUGAGAAGGCAGGAUUGGAGCAAGAGGUUGCCAAUCUUAGAAAGCAGCUGAGUGACAUGACCCUGAACCAACCAGAUGAAGGGGAUACCCAGAAUGAACACACGUUCCCAUCUACUACGGAUGAAGCAGUUCGCAAGAUGCUUCAGGUUCCCCUUGAGAUCCACAAUGAGUGGAAGCAGGGAGGAGCUAGCCGUGCACGUUUGCAAGAACUCUUUCAACAGUGCAACUUUGACAAGGCGACCUUCAUCAACUACGUCACUGUGGAGACAGAGAAGCGCCAGAGCGUCAAAGUGAAGGUGAAGGCUCAGUGGGCCAGUGAAGACAAGAUGCGUGAGGUCUUGAAGUUUAGCGCGGCCAGAAUCAAGGCUGUCAAAGACUACUGUGAGAAGAAGGGUGAUCAUACCAAGUGGGACAAAUAUGAAUCCAAAACCUUGUUUUGGGUGGAGGAAGAAGUAGAGGCUGAGUAUGAAUCCAGUCGUUCAAAGACCACACGUGAGCAGUUUAACUAUGAAACCGAGCAGCCAGCUCCGGAUGCUUUGCUUGAAGCAGCUGCACCCCUGACCUUGGACAUGGCCGAUGUGCGAGACACCCCGACAGGGCUUCCUGGCCAAAGUGGUGGCAGUACGGAUGACCAGAAGCGCCCAACACCUACUGCUCCUGUCCUGCCACAAGUCCAGAAGAAUGAGAAAGCCUCCCAAGUGAUUUUGAAGUACUUGGAUGGAACCACCAAACGCAUCGGAAAGAUUUCCGAGUUGAAAGUCAAGUACGAGACGAUUCCCCAGGAGCUCAAGACAGCAACACAUGAUGCGUUUGUCAACAAGUUGACCUCUAUCACCGAUUCCUUGGAGAAGCAGCAGACUUCCAUCAACGAGAUCUACGCUGAGGGUGCAGUGGAAGGGUACUCUGUUGAGGCCCAGGAAUCGUUGUCGAUGGAAGCCCGUUCCAAGUCGAUCCCAAUCCCGAAAGCUAAGAGUAGCGCAGUGCCGGCCGGAAAGGCCAAAGCGAAAGCCAAAGUGAAGGCAAAGGCAAAGCCUGAGCCAGCUCCGAGCCAGGCGGCCAAAGCGGCCCCAAAGCGGGCAGCCGCUCGUCAAGCCAAGCCAGGAGUCAUGCUGAAAAACUUGGCCCUUUCGAUGGCCGAUGGAGCUCCCGCUACUCGUUUGAAGAGAUUUGCCUUGAGCGCGAUUGAGGAAGCCAAACAGGAGGGAUCCCAUGAAGUUUCAGCGGCCAUCAAAAAGGCUGGCAAUAUGACUGUUGACAACUUGAAAAAUGCAGAACGUGAUCUUCACAUAUUGUUUCGCAAGUAUGGGAAACUGGCCGAGAAGGUUGGCAAAGGUAUUUGCCCUGAAUGCCUAGCUGGGUUAGAUGAUCUUCCUUUUGAAGAUGUUUCAUGGAACCCGAGAUGGCUGCCAAGUGAGGGGUUGGAAAACCCUUGGGAUGAUGAUGAUGUUUCACCACUGCUCCAAAUUCCUGGUCAUACUGCAAGGCAACAUGAAAUCUUUCGGAAAGACCCAUUUCACAUCUUCAAGCAAACGGUUGGUGGCCAUUGGGUUGCAAGUGCCAUCGUUCUGUUGAGUGACCUUGGAUAUUGGUCAUCCCCGGGUCAAUCAAAUCAAGCUGAUGUUUUGCUGGAGGUUGCUUAUCAAGAUUUCCAUCACUUUAUGAAAGACGAGUGGCAAGGUCACCAUGUUGCCAACAUCAAGAACUUUACCCGGGCAUUGUUGCACUGGCCAAAGAUUAGGACAUUCCCCUACGGUCGCUUCAAAGGGUCAGACUGCAUGCUGAUGAUUCGUUGGCUAGCAAAAGUGAUCCAGAAGGGAGUCUUAAUGAAAGAAACCAAUCAGAGACAAGGAGUCAGCUUGCUUGAUCGCCCUCUUGAAGCCUGGCACAAACCAUUCCUACAGAACAUCCUGUUGGGGAGCACGGCAUCUGUGGAGUUUUUCCGCAUUUUGCACACUCAAGGUGUUUGGCUUUCCAGGGAAACAUCACGGAACUUGGCUCUACAUUGCUACAACUUUACCAACAGCUACAGUGGGUUGGCGCGCUUGUGCCAUGGUCAGGGCUUGAGGCGUUUUACUUUGGAGCCCUCUUUGCACUAUUUCCAUCACUAUGCGGUUGAUGUGACUGCCAGACUUCAGGCGCAAGAUUCUCAUAUCUUGUCUCCGAACCAGGACAAUUGUGAGAUGGAUGAGGAUUUCGUUGGCAGGAUUUCACGACUAAGUCGUGCAGUCCAUGCCUCCACUACAACGCAACGAACGUUGCAGCGAUACUUAAUCAAGGUUUGGUUUGUUCUCACAGGUCAGGACUGGGGAGCGAGUGGCUCCACCAAAAGAAAACGAAAGUUGACUAGAACCGGGGGAGUUAAAAAAAGGAAACAUCAGAAUCAGGUGAACAACCCCUGA